AUGUACACUGGAGCAAAGUUACAUCUGAACAUCUCAGAGGCUCUACCAUGGAUACGUAGACAUCGUCACAUGUUCGCUACGGACAUCAUCAAAAUGGACAGACCGAUUCAGAUUCACAAGGAUGACUGGGAGUUACAGCGGAUACUCUGGAUGGACAAUCAGCUCAAUGAGGUGCCAUAUCAUUCAACAACGGGCACUUACGGGACGAAGGUCGCACCAUUCUCAGCCGUACGGACCUUGUUACAAUUAACAGAAGACGAAGGACAUAGUUUCCCACUGGCUGUGCCGGUGAUCACUCACGGCAGGUAUGUCACUGAUAUAUUUGGUGGUGCAGAUACAAUACAACAAUUGCAGGAGGUCGCACAGCAACUAAGGGGCCUCUGCAUGGCGGGCGGCUUCCCACUAGCAAAAUGGCAUGCAACUCAUCUCAACAUACUCAAGACUGUCACCGACAGCGAAGACCAAGGCUUACCAAUCACAUUCGACGAUUGCGCAACCAAGAUACUCGGACUAAAAUGGCUCCCUCAAGAAGAUACAUUUGCAUUCUCAACGAGAAGCUCACGCAAGGAAGGCAGGCUCACAAAACGCCUCGUUUUAUCUGAAGUGGCUCAGAUAUUCGAUCCACUUGGCUUUGCAUCACCCGUCGUGAUCAAGGCCAAAAUUCUCUUGCAGGAGCUGUGGCUGCACAAGCUCCAAUGGGAUGACCCACUGCCAUCCCAGCUCUCAGCCCGGUGGCUCAUCAUCAGAGAAGAAUUCACAAGCCUGGCCAGGCUCUCAAUACCUCGGUGGCUCAAUACGUGGAGCGACUCGCAAGUGGAACUUCAUGGAUUCUCUGAUGCUUCUCAAUUGGCAAUGGCUGCAGUCAUAUACAUAUCCGUUCACGGCUCAAACGGCGCCACGUUCUCACUUGUGUGCUCCAAGAAUAAGGUAGCACCUCUCCAGCGGCUCUCAAUCCCGCGACUUGAAUUCAAGAGUGAUCUACUGCUCUCUCGACUCAUGCAAUACGUCAAAGCCACUUUAAACAUGGACGUAACGGCAAACCAUAUGUGGACGGACUCUCGAGUGACACUUUCGUGGAUCAGAUCUCAUGCAUCACGCUGGAAGGAUUUCGUCAGGAACAGGGUGGCUCAAAUUCAAGAACUCACUCCAGCCGCUCACUGGAGAUACAUUCCUGGAACUUCUAAUCCGGCUGACUGCGCAUCACGAGGCCUCACAACUGCUCAGCUUCAAAACCACGCACUUUGGUGGACGGGACCACCAUGGAUACUCAAACCAGACUCAUGGCCGUCGCAACCUGCACUCUCUGACGAGAUGAGUGCAACAGAAGCUCGCCCAGGCGUUUCGCUACUGACGGUUACGCCAAGGACUGAAUAUCAAUGGGAACUCAUCUACAGAUUCGUCUCACGGUUGAGGAAAGUCCACGACUCAUGGCCUGUCAGCCACAUCUCUCCGGAAACCUUGGAGAGAGCGCGGCUCUUCUGGAUUCAGGCCACUCAAGCAACGUACUUCUCGCACGAGCUGAAGACAUUACAGGCAGACUCACCGUUGGCAAAGGCACACGCGUUCAACAGAUUGACUGCGUACAUCGACGCCCAAGGAGUUAUUCGCGUCGGCGGACGACUCGCUCAAGCAGCUCUCUCAUUCGACGCGAUACACCCUGUAACACUGCCUCGUCACUGUCAGCUGUCGUCAGUGAUCAUCGCUCACGCUCAUCAACGGACUCUACAUGGAGGCACGCAGCUCACGCUGUCACACAUCCGACAACGAUACUGGAUUCUAGGCGGGAGGGCUCCUGUCAAGUCUCACAUCCUGCGGUGUGUCACGUGUGCUCGUCAGAGGGGGAUCCGUGCUCAUCAAUUGAUGGGCCAACUACCUCUCUCUCGAGUUACGCAGGCACGACCGUUCACUCAUACAGGUGUGGACUACGCAGGGCCGCUCACCGUCAAAACAUGGAAAGGAAGAGGUGCCAAAACAACAAAGGGCUGGAUUUGCGUUUUCGUCUGCUUCUCGACCUCAGCAGUACAUCUAGAGGCGAUCAGCGAUUACUCAACGGAGGGAUUCACUGCCGCCUGUCGACGCUUCUCAUCCAGACGCGGCAUUGCUCACACCUUACACUCAGACUGCGGCACCAAUUUCAUCGGUGCGGAUGCAGCUCUCAAAAGGCUGUUUAUCCAGUGCACUCAGGAACAUCAGCGAGUUUCUCACCUGCUCUCGCAAGAUAACACCCGAUGGGAAUUUAAUCCCCCAGCGACACCGCACAUGGGAGGAAAAUGGGAGGCCGUCGUAAAAUCCAUCAAGUACCACCUACGGCGGACCAUUGGAGAAAGCGUGCUCACCUUUGAGGAGCUCACCACAUUGCUCACUCAAAUUGAAGCAAUUCUCAACUCGCGCCCGCUCGAACCAUUGAGUGACGACGCGGAUGACAUCGCAGCACUCACGCCAGGCCACUUCCUCGUAGGAAGUCCGCUCACCGCAAUACCAGAGCCCUCACUCACCGACCUGGCAAUCUCAAGACUCUCUCGAUGGCAGCUCAUCCAGCAGAAGACACAACAUUUCUGGACACACUGGGCAGCGCAUUACCUGCAACGUCAACAAGCCAUCUCAAAGUGGCACCACAGGAACAACGAGAUCAAGAUAGGAUCAUUGGUGCUCAUCACCGACGAGCGGCUACCGCCAUGCAAAUGGCCGCUAGCCCGGAUCACAGCUCUACAUCCUGGGAAGGAUGGUCUCGUGCGGGUGGUGACCCUGAAGACAGCCACUACCACUCUCAUCCGACCAAUUGUCAAGCUCGCCGUCCUGCCAAUCUCAUCAUAG